AUGCUGAGCAACAGUGUAAUUCUGGAGCUUGAACUGUCGGAACAUAAAAUGGCAAACGAGUGUGCAGUCAGUUGUGUGGAUGGAGAUGUUAAAGGCAUGAAGCGCAUAUUCAACUGUAUUAAACAAUUCUGGCAUCGUUAUCUACUUGUUGAGCCAGUAUUGAUUUUAUAUUGGACACCAACAUUAUUCAGAUUUGACAAGUUUGUGACAUACAAGGCAUGUCGCUUUAGUCUCGGCUACAACGAAGCUAUAUGCUCUGCCGUGCUAUACGAAAACAAGGAUGACAUCUACAUAAUUCCCUAUAUUAUAUUAAUGUUUGCUGGAGGCUGGGCAGAUCGCUAUAAUAAGCGUAAGGCGUUCUUGAUAUUACCGAUUCUGGGCAGAUGUCUACAUUAUAUAUUUCAGCUCACAUCUUCGAUAUACCGUGAGAGUCUGCCUUUCCGCUGGGUUGGCUGGUAUUUCCCAAUAAUACCUCUCAUUUUUGGCAGUCUUCCAUGUUUCUUGAUGUCUGCGUUUAGUUACAUUACAAUAACAACACCAGAAAGUGAUCGAGUCCUACGCAUCGGUAUCCUUUCAGUAUUUGUUCUACUUACAAACUUUCUACGUGGUAUCAUUGGGCAUCUCAUUAAUUCUGAGUUUUCAAAAUACUUUGGAAUUUGUGUGGGUCUGGAAAUCGCUGCUCUACUUUACAUUAUAUUGUUUAUAAAGGAGCCCAAGUUAAAUAAAAGUGUUUCUGAAUUCAAUGAUUCCGCUGGAGACAUUCAGUUAACAAAUUUGGAUGAUUUGCCGAUUCAAGAGAACGUCACGGAUAUUGAAUCAUCAUCUGAACCUUCUCGACGCAAUGUGCUCAAAGAAUUCUUCGAUCCGAUGUUGGUGAUAGAACUCUUUAAAUUACCUUUUAAGAGACGACACAAUAAUGAUAGACUUAUAUUGCUGCUAUUAAUUUUGUGUUACUUUCUAACUGCGGGACCUCUUUUACUAAAAUUUGGAAAUUCUCUGAUUCCAUAG